UGAAUUAAUUUUUCUAUGUGUUUAUUUCCUGUAGGAAUCACAGUCAAUACACUAUGGAUAAGAUUGAAAGAUAGACCAAAUUUUACCUUUAGUUUGGAUGACAACUCUAAGCCAUACUUGUGGAAUUGUGUUACAGAUCUUAAGGGAGUUGAAUUCUACAAAUUGAGAGAACCACGGCCUGAUCUUAUUCUGUACAACAAGUUCCAUUAUAUAGACCCAGAAACCAAGCAGUAUUUGGAAACUGAACAUAUUCCAGAUGAUAUUUAUCCAAUCAACAUAAUCAAUAAAGAUGGUGUGUUUGGUUCAUGUAGUACAUACAGCACACGUGAGAAUGUAACCAUGGAGAUAAGAGACAAGAAACAGAAUCUUGCUGAAGUUAUGCACAUGUAUGGAAACAUGUUGGUUAUGGUUGCCUCUCAGGCAAUAAGGCAAGAGACUAUAGUAGGAGCAGAAAAUGAUCCUGACUUCCAAUUUGAUGUCUUCAGUUUUUGUUUACUAGAGAGAAUUGGGAGAACUCGCUACAGUGGGGAAGCAUCUACUGGGAAACUAAGUUUACAAGAUUUUAAAGAAUCACCGAAGACUAUUUUUUAUAUGUUAAAGAAGUUAAAACCUUUGAAAGUCUUCAAAAAACAGAGAUUGAUUGUGGUGAACAAACAGACAAACACAAAGAUUACCUGUUUCAUGUACCAUUUAAACAGGUUCUAUAAAGAAGUGGGAAACAGAGUUAAUCAUGAGUUACUGAACAUGUCCAGGUAUCUCUCUGAAAAACCCGAGUGUAUGGAAGAAGUGUUUAAAACUAAAACAGAUCUGAAACUGUUUGAUGUAUUCAAGAAGCUUGCACAGAACACAAUGCCAUCUGGUGAGAGAUAUUUUGAAUUUAUAGAUGUUCCAUGGAGGGAGAGAUACCCUGAUGCUAAACCCAAGGACUAUUUAAUGAAGAAUCAUCGUCAAGAGAGGAAGAUACGACACAUUCGGUUAAUCCCGACAUUGAAAGAGGUAGAGAAGAGUUUACGAACUCAGACAGAGAAAGAAUCAGAUGAUGAAGUUGAUGGUCAAGACGAAGAUGACACUAAUUAUGUGAGUAAACUGAAUUACAACAGGGUAUUUGAUGAGCCUAACUUAUAUCAAGUGAUGGAGUUAAUCAGAGAAUCUGGGUCAAAAGGAAUGUCACAGGUAGAUUUACAACGUACAAUGAGUUCUCCACGACUGGCAGUAAGGCGUAUCUUGGUUUUUCUACAGAAGACAAAUUAUGUGACUACAUUUAUAGAAGAUAGGGGCAGACAGAAAACAAUCCUUUAUGUAGAUAAACGCAAUAAAAGAGAGAAUGCUGCAAAGCAGAGUGUAAAGUUGGCAAUGCAGGAGUUUGAGACAAUCUCCACGGAAACAGUUUCUAAUAACACCACUCAACAACCAGAUAAGAAAGAUAAACAAACAGAUUCAACUAAACCACAAACAAAAUCUUCCAGGAAGAGAGCUAAGAAGGAGCUGCCCAAGAUGACCUUUAAUGAAGAGGAGCCAUCAGAUGAUAAGGUAUCAGAGAUAAGACAGGAGCUGAAGCGGCUGGAAGAGAUACAGUUUAUAUCACCAGUCAAACUUGCUGUGAAGAGAGAAAUUAUGAAGGAGAUGACUCAGGAUGCUGGUGUUAAAGUGGUGAUUGAAGAGUUGGUACCUGAAAAAGUUAUUGACAAAAAAACGGGCAAGGUGAUUAAUGGCAUUGAACGUUUCGGAAAUAUGUUGACAGAAAGUCAUAUUAGAAGAGCGAACUGGAUUCUUGAAGUCAUUAAUGCAAUAAAAAUUGUGGAGAACUUCAGACUUCUCAAAUUGUUGAGGAACAGAGAAAAGGAGAUAAACUUAUCUAUCAACAUGGAUCAAAAGUCUCUAAAACGUCUGGUUUAUGCGUUGUGCGAAGAGGGGAAAAUGAAAUCUUACAAGGCUAUUAUUACUAUGGAUGAAAGAACUAAAGAGUUUAUCUACCUGUGUACACCGAGCAUAUCAACAGAAGAUGAGACAUUGUGGAGGAUGAUAGAUGAAGCCAAGUUACGUUACUUCAGUGUGUCCAAGGAGGAGCUGAGAAACAGGAGCUUACAGAGGAAACUGUUAACAAAAGGUGCCAAACCUGCAACAGAAAAGAAAGUUGUAGAGACAUCUGAUAUCCCUCAGUCUGCGUUAGAGACCAUUAGAAGUCAUCAAGAAUACAGGAAGAAGUUAGCUGAGAAAGCACCACCCAUGAAAUAUGACAGAACUGCAGGUCUAAGAUAUGGAGUUUUACCUAAGAUGCUGAGAAUACAGGCUGCUCAUCAAUAUCUGUUCUAUCUGUGCUAUGAUACACAUGGUCAACCUGUGAAGACAGUAAAACCUGAGACCAGUCAUUCUGAUAAUACUGCAAGAAAUGAUGAUAACACUGGUGGUGAUACAGAUAUUAAGGCUGGUGAUAAUGCUGGUGAUAAUACUGGUGAUAAUACUGGUGAUAAUGCUGGUGAUAAUGCUGGUGAUAAUACUGGUGAUAGUACUGGUGAUAGUGCCGGUGAUAAUACUGGUGAUAAUGCUGGUGAUAAUGCUGGUGAUAAUACUGGUGAUAGUACUGGUGAUAGUGCCGGUGAUAAUGCUGGUGAUAAUGCUGGUGAUAAUGCUGGUGAUAGUAAAACAGAUAAAGGAGAGUUUGAAAGUGGACAAGAACAUUGGCUUGGAGAAGAUAGGGUUGAUAUAACUGGUGGUUAUUGUCAGCAUGUAGAGAAUGAGCCUGUAGUAUAUUGUAAUGAGAUGACAUGGAGAAGAUAUCUACCACCUGUACCAGUACAUUCAGGUUAUCCAAAAGGUUGGGUGUUGCUUAGUGAUUGUUUGCUCAAUAUGCCAGUAUGUUUGUUCUGUGAAAUGGUCAAUGUUUGUUAUAAAAUAGAAGGACUAGAAGAGGUUUUAGAACAUCCUCAGAAGAGGUUUUAUCCAGUUAUAAACUUACCUUUCUCUCUCACCCAACAACUUCUCCACUCUAAAAAGUAUGUACAAUCAUUCUCCACAUUGUGUUAUUACAUGGCAGAGAUGGGACUUCUAUCAUUUGGCAGGGAAGUCCUCAAAGAGAAGGAUCAGAUGUUCAUAUACCUGCACAAAAAUGCUUCCUUAUUAGACACAAAGCUAUCGUUAAAGGGUUACAACAAAACAAACGCUCCUGAAGGUCAUGUUUUCCAAGAGAAACAAUUCCACUUUGAUACUUUAAGUGACCUGCAGACAUACUGGGAAAUUCUUCAGAUUACUGCAGUAAAUAGUAAUCUAGGAUGUAAAUCAAUGGUUCAUAAAGACCUUGAAGAUGAAGUAACAUUUGAAAUAAAAUCCUUGAAGCAAGCAAGUGCAGCAUAUAAUCCAGAAACAGUGAAAGAUGUUGGUGUUUUACCUGGUGAUCGUAGGGGAGGUGCAGGUUUAGAUUCCUCUUUGUUCAGUCACACAAUGAAGAACUGGUCAAACUCUGGUGUGCUCAAACCACAUAGAAAAUACAGGAAACUGUCUAUUGCUGUUGGACUUAAAGGAGGACUGGACCUAGAAAGUAAAAGGGAAGUUGUGGACUUCUUUAAUAAGAAUCGACAGAAAGGCAAGGAAAGACCUGAUGAUCCUAAAAAACCUUCAGUUGUGAAAAAGAUUACAAGAGAAGUGUCUGGAAAUAAAGGGGGCAAAGGCAUCCUGAGAAGGGUACAUACAGAAUUCACCAAAACUCAUAGUAUGUCCACCAACCUUUGUUAA